AUGAUUCUUAAGAGAAAAUGGGAUGAUUGGGUCAAGAUAAUUGAAUCACCUGUUACGAGUAAACAGAAUUCAAGGUCUAUACUAUCCAAGUUAUCGUUUCUCAACUUUCCUCAAUCAUCUGAGACGGAUACUAUCGACACUAAAACAUCUGAAUCAAUACUUGCCACUCCUCAGAACGAAGAAACGACUCCAACAACCAUUCCUAUUUUACUUGGUAAUUUAACGAUACCUACUGAAGUACCUUCAACAAGUACGUUAUCAGUUCCACAAACGGAAACAACCACUAUUUCUAUAAACUCUGAGCUUACGUCAUCUACUCCAUCUUUCUUGGCCGAGUCUCCUGUUGCCCAGAAGAAAAAAAAUACGUCACACCAUGACAGAUCUGGACAUAAUAUUCCUUCAUCUCAUGAGUUGUCCUCAUCACAACAUAAGACAAAAGUACCACUAGUACCAUAUGACCCUUGCGCUCCCUUUGUCCCACCACCUACUCCAGAUUUCAGGGCGCCUGGUAGACGGAUCAGCGAAGUCAAAUGCUACGAAUACAUUUGGCAGAUGAAAGUUCGAAGUGAUAAAGCGGGGCAAGACAAUGAGUGUCAGGAACACAGGUUAAGAGGAAUCUCCUCUUAUAUUGUUGGAGGACAUUACACCUUUUCUGGAGACUACCCAAAUAUGGGCGCCAUAGGAUGGAAAGCGGUUGUAGGUACAUGGAAGUUCAUGUGCGGAUGUACGUUGAUAAGCUCGAAAUUCGUCCUGACUGCUGCCCACUGCUCAAGUGCGUCUUCUCGCGAUACAACAAUAGCUGACACUGUUCCCAAGAUUGUGAGACUAGGAGAUAAGAAUAUUCAGGACAUUAUAAAUGGAACCCAAGAUGAGACUAUUAUCAGGAUUAUAAACCAUCCGAAAUAUAAAUCCCCAAAGCAGUACUUCGACAUCUGUUUGAUGGAGUUGGGUAGAAAGUUGACGUUCACUACGGAUAUCCAACCUGCUUGCUUGUGGACUAAGCAAAGUAUCACCAAGUAUGGUGAUGAAGCUCAAGUUACUGGAUGGGGCGUUGUGGAGUCAGGUACAGUGAAAACAUCUCCGGAGCUCCUGGCAGCUACGGUAGACAUUAUCGACUUUGCCAAAUGCAACAGACUGCUGCAUAUGUCUUGCAAUAGGAAUUGGUGUGGUCUCCAGCCCGAUCAGCUAUGUGCUGGCAAGUUGGGCGGGGGAGUUGAUGCUUGCCAGGGUGAUUCCGGUGGUCCUCUCCAAGUGAAGAUCCCGCUUCCAAUACUGACUGAAGGCACCAUGCACUACGUCAUCGGCGUGACGUCAUUUGGCGUUGGCUGUGCUUUACCAGGACUACCGGGAGUGUAUACCAAGGUUUCCAGCUUCAUCGACUGGAUCGAGAGCGUUGUUUGGCCAGGGCAUAAUGGAACAACGACACACAACGAUGUUCCCGAUUUGGGUCGCUUCGAACGGUCUGUUAGGUUUUAAAGAAUUUUAUAACUGCUAAUUUGUGUAACCAGUUACUUCCUAAGUAACAUUCUGUACAAGAAAAGUUUUGACACCCUUUUAAAUGGGACUUGCGAAUCUAAUAUUCUUUUUAGGAAACCAGACUAUCUUAAAUUAAAAAGAGCGUUAA